GCGGGUCAACGUGACCAGGAUUUUCACGUCAUCGCCCUUGCUGUAGCCAUCCUGAUCAUGUGACACGGGCGGCCUGUUUUCCCCCCUCACGUGACGCGACCGCCAUCAACCAGAGGCUGUGAGUGGAGUUGCGCUCUGUGCUGACCUCGGUUGUCGGAGAGAAGCGGCGGUAUGAACCGAAAGAGUAAUGUGUCGUUCGUGAGACCGGAGCCCGCCUUCAUCCGCAAGUUCAAGGAGGGUGUGGGCUACUCGCUGGGGCCGACCGUGGAGACCAAGAAGCAGCAGCUGGCCCCGGUUGAUAGUGACAGUGGACCAAGUGAUGCGGAAGAUGAGCAGCCACAAGUAGUAGUGCUCCGUCAGGGAGACCUGACUGCUGAAGAAGCUGCAAAGUUCAAACAGAGUACAGAAAGCUCAGAGAAAUCUGAAAAGUCACAGCCUGGUGAUGGAAAGAUUGUGUUUAGGAAGCCGCCAAAGCGAUCUUCAGAUGACAAAGUCACAGGAGUGUUCGCCACAUCCAGCAAAAAGAAGAAAGAUGAUGAUAGUGGGCAAACAGAAUUUAAAAGUUCGGGAAACAAAUCCAAGCAAAUAAAGAACAGCAGUUUGCUUUCAUUUGGGGAUGACGAUGAUGAAUAAAGUAGGAAGCACAGUAUCUGCAUCAAAUGCUCAUUAAUAUCAGAAGCCUGAAGGUGCAGUUGUGGUGCAGGUCGGCGCAGAAGUUGGGAGACAUAUCUCUUUGGGCACUUGUGCUGAAUGGGUGUCCAAGUAUUGACUUGUGUUGUCCUGUGUUGCACAGUUAUUUUCAAUGAGGUUAGUGAAACUGAAUGUGCAGAGGUGCCUAUAACAUGCAGCCAAUGCUCUGGGAAAUUUUCAGUGCUGGUGACCAAUAUCCUGUACGUAGAUGAUCUUUUGUGACUAAAGGAGUUCCAGACCUCCUCCACCUCUCUAUGCAGAAGGGCUCAACUUCAGUCCUGUAACGCCUGACUCAACUUUUAGAUAAUAUUCUUUGGGACUAGACUCCGAACCGGUAGAAUACUUUCUAUUUCCCCUAUCUUUUUGUCUUAUUAUCUUCAAUCUUGAUAGUGUUUUUGCAUGGUUAAAGAAACUGAGUAGCAAGCCAUGUUUUCAUUGCAUUUGAAUCUCCUGAAGAUUGGGCUGACCUUGUGUAUUGUUACUUGAGUGUAUCAUCAUCUAGGUGCAGCACCAAAUCAUGAUGGGUGUGUAAUAGGUGUAAAGUAUUUCUCCUUGCAGGAAAUUGAGCUCUUCUUUAAUUUAAAAAAAGCUUUGUAAUAAAGUGGCCCGUUCAAACUUAUGAAAUUCUAUGAGCAGAAAUAGGAUGUAUGUUGAACCAGUGCAUAGAAUCAUGCAGCAUGGAAACAGGCCCUUUGUUGCACCAUCAUGGGAAUAUUUUGCCCAGAGUUAGACUGUGUUUCUUUUAACUGUUAAGCUACUUCCUUACACCAGUCUUCUCCAUAUCUGGGCUACAGCACCACAGCGAUCCCCUGCCCUCAUUCAUCCAGAUGUUCUUUAAUGAUUAGAAUGACAGAAUCGUACAGCACAGACAGGGUCUUCUCAGCCCACUUCAUCCAUGCCAAUCGUGAUGCCUACCUAUGCUAAUCCCAUUGGCCUGCAUUAGACCCGUAUAGCUCUUUGUCCUUCCUAUCCAACCACCUGUCCAAUGCCCUUUAAAUGAUGUAAUUGUAUCUGUGAGCCUUUACCACUAAUGGUGGCAGAAUAUUGCCACUUUGACAACAGUUUCUCUUCAUAUAACAGCUUUAGCAGGACCACUAUCAAAAGGUGACUAUAUAAUAUCAGGAUGAAUUUCCAAAAGCAUAGUUGGAGUUGGGCUUUAAGGAGCAUCUUAAGUGAGGAUAGAGGACCGGAAGGAAUUAGGGAAUUCCAGAGCUGACUGAGGGUGCUGUCCGGAAGUCAAUGAUAGAGCAAUUAAAUCUGGGAUUGAGAAAGAGCUGGAUUGCUUUAUUCCUUGGUUGUUGUCCUGGUACCUUAUGGUAAUGUCCACUACAACCACUGUUGUUUCUAAUGAAGAUCAGGUCUGGUUUCCACAGUGUUCCAUCGUCCGCAAUCAGGUGUGCUUCAACAUAUGAUGCCCAUCUGUAUUGAUCUGCCUUGAUCUUUAGACGAUCCACUAUUUUGUUAUGCCUUUUUAUCUGGGUAUUCUUUACGCUCAAGCACCGACUGGAAAUGUGCGCCAAAGUCUCGUUGGCAAUCCUGCAUCUCCUGCAGGUUUUCACAGCAUCUGGUCUACCACGACUUCUUGUACAUCUUGUUGGAUAUUGACUGCAUUUAAGCAGGAGGGCAUUGACGGCCUGAUACCCUUUCCAUUGCCUGUUAGCUGUUAUCCAAGAGUUUAAGAUCUUGUCAUUUUUAAAUUCUCUUAUUCCUGCUCCUUGACGUGCAAGGCUGACCCACUUGUCGAAUUCCCUAGCUCUCCAGUUGGCAUGUAUAUUUGGAGGCUUUGAUCUUCUGCCAUUCCCCUGUUCAAUUUCAAUUUCCAGCUCCUCGUCAGGUUCCGUUAGAGGUGCCUUCGGUGGAUUUGGUCUCAUGUUACCACCGUACUGGUCCUCAAUAACUUUGAGAACUUACAAGUUUUUCUAUAACCUUGCCUUUAUCACUAUGAGGCCUUUAUCACUAUGUUGUUGGACAAUUCGUGACUUUGUCACUUCUUUACAAUGGCUGCGGGAAUUUGAGUUUCAAGUUUGGGCAGGCUAAGACCUCCAUCUCUAUUCUGUGCGUACAGGAUCUCAUCAGUUGUAUCUGAAGGGAGAUGUAGUAUUUCCUUAGCCGUCUUUUUGAUGAGACAGUCCAGUUCAAUGAGGCAGUUCUGUGAAGCCUCGGUUAGAAUCAGAUGAAGGUACACUCUUGGCCCAUGUGGGUCUUUAGUAUUUUGAUUUUUUUUGAAUGGGUUUCAGCCUUGCUCUUUUCAGUCUCUCAAACCAAACCUCGAGCUUCACCUUCCACUGCACCAUAGAGAUCCCACACUAUGGGUCUAUCCUUGCUGUGAGGUACCUUCCAGUUUCUCCAGGUGCUUUUUUUUUGUUUUCUUGACCAAAGACACAUUCCUUUCCAGUGUUGUACAAGUAAGUCUUGUGCUGACAGGUGACAUGAAAACCUUUUGUUUUCUUUACAUUCACCUCGUCCGGUAGACCUGCAAAAGGUUGAUAAUAUUCUGAUGUUAUUGACCAAUCCUUCAUGGGAGUCACCUAAUAUUUCAAUAUCAUUGGCAAUUGCAAGUGCUGUGCACCUGAUUGCCCCAUCCGCCGUUUCCAACUGGACUCCUCUUCCCCUGCUCUCGAGAGUGCAAAUGAGCGGGUCCAUGGCAAUGUUGAGUAGGAUUGGGGGGGGGGGGGGGGGGGGGGGGUUCUCCUUGCUUAACACCUCUUUUGAUGUUAAUCUCUUCCUUCCUCUCCUUCUCGACCUCCACAACAGUUGUCAUGUUGCUACAGAGAUAUGAGAUCGAUAAAGAUCUUGGUGGUAAAAACAUCUAGCCAACCCUCAGAUGCACAACGUAGUUUUUUGAACAGGAUCUUUAUACACGUCUCAGUCGUAUUUCUGGCUUUUUGUCUUCCAUUCAUACAGCCCAUCUUGUGUCUUUCUUCAUUACCUCCAGGUGCCGGUUACGGAGGUAUGUAUGAGCCCCUAUCGCUCUUAUAUCUCGAGUUGUAAAACACAACCGAUUUAAUGGUGCCUCUUCGAUCUUUUCCCGACUCUGUCACACAAGUGGGUUUAAACAUCUCGUACCUGAUUCUUCCUGGAAUGCUGCUACAUCCUGGAAUCUUCAGACCGCCCACAGUAAAGAUAAUUCUCUGAUCCUCUCCGGUUUGAGUGAAGGAGGAUGUUUUCUCUAGUGCAGGCCGGGCACUAUAAUAAUUGCAACUACUGCAUUUUUCGGAGAACGCCAUUGCUAGCAUUGCAGCAGGGCAGUUCUUUGUCCAGUUAUCUACCCAACCGGCUCUGCGAACAAUCCAUAUGUUCAUCAAUUUUCAUUUAAGGAAGGGUGCAGCCAUACCACCCUCACUUGGGACUCAGUCACUUUAGCCACCAGUCAGGUGUUACUGGUGGGACCAGCGGGGAGGCGUGACUCACUGUGAUGCAGAACCCAAAAACAUCUAAGUAAGAGAGUCACAGCUAAGUACAACCUUGUCCUCUUGUAAAGCUCAUGCAUGUACACCUUUCAACAAAAGCCAUUAUUCUCUUUUACCAUAAGUUAACAAGAUUUAUUAAUCUUGAGUUUAAAUUUAACAAUUGAAAUAGCAUCACUUUACAAAAGAGUUUCAGACUUCCACCAUCCCUCUGUGUAGAAGUGCUUCUGUCUUUACCAACUUCAUGCCUAGAGAUUGGUAAUCAUUUGUAUCAGAAUCCAACUCUUCACUUAAUUCAUGAGUCAUUUAUAGUAAUUGGAGGAUCCAUUGUGCUUCUAAGUGGGUUUUACCCCUUGCUGUUUUGAGAAUUCCUUUUUAUGGUUAACUAUUUGAAUAAUUGAUAACAUUUGUGUUUUGGUGAUGGAAUGUGAGCCAUGAACUGCUAUAAUAAAUAAGAGUUGUUGCUGGAGUCUUCCUUAGAAUAUUGUGCUCAUGGGAAUAUGUGUAAUCAGCUUCUCUCUAAAAGCUGAGGAAUAUGGUGGUGCAUUAUGAUUGGAUUUUAUCAUUCAUGGAGUCUACAAAUUUUCAAUUUUUGUUUAGAUUGUACAUAGCACGUGAUAUAAUUCAGAAAUGAUAGUAUUGUAAGUGUACUUUACAUCUUUGAAAGAUUGACUUGUAUGAAUUAAGCUGUAAUUUUACUUAAUAAAAUGCAUCAUUCAUUACAGCAGUAUAAUGGUACACCUUAAAAAUAAAAGCCUCUCUAUAGAGAGGGAGAACUCUCCCUAGCUGCUGCCUAAUACUCUUGUAAUUUGCCCUGUUCCAAUUUUAUACUCUACCUCAAGGUCCAUAUUUACCCUGAUUCAAAGCUAUCUUAAAACUUAAGGAAUUGUGGUCACUCUUAAAUGUUUUCCUACUGAAAGGUCAGUCAGUUGGCCAGCCUCCAAUACCAGGUCCACUAUGGUCCCUCCUUUCAUUGGACUAUUAGCAUUCUGGAUGCACCUAACAAAUUCUGCCCCAUCUAAGUGUCUUGCAAUAAGGAGGUGCCAGUCUGUAUUGGGGAAGUUGAAGUCGCACACAACAAUGACCCUGUUGUUUUUACACCUUUCCCUAAUCUGCCUGCA